CCCGGCCGGCCGGCUGGCUGUGCGCAAGGCGAACAUGGCGGCGGCGGAGGCUGUGGGGCGGGACACUCUACCUGAGCACUGGUCCUAUGGCGUCUGCAGGGACGGCCGGGUGUUCUUCAUCGAUGACCUGACCCGCUCUACUACUUGGCUGCAUCCUCGCACCGAGGAGCCCGUCAACUCCGGCCACAUGAUCCGCUCAGAUCUGCCCCGCGGCUGGGAGGAGGGGUUCUCCGAGGAGGGAGCCAGCUACUUCAUUGACCAUAACCAGCAGACCACGACAUUUAGACAUCCUGUGACAGGACAGAUUUCUCCAGAAAACAUUGAAUUUAUUUUACAAGAAGAGCAGAAUUCACACAUGUCCAAGCAACAAGUAAACCAAAGACCCUCAAGCAUGGUCAGUGAAACAUCUACUGCAGUAACUACAUCCACUGUAGAUACAAAACCUGGCUCCAAGGUUUUAAAAUCUGGCAAUAAAGUUCACAGCUUUGGAAAGAGGGACCAGUCUAUCAAGAGGAACCCUAAUGUUCCUGUUGUGGUGAGAGGCUGGCUACACAAACAGGAUAGCUCUGGAAUGAGAUUAUGGAAAAGACGAUGGUUUGUGCUGUCUGAUUAUUGUUUGUUUUAUUACAAAGACAGCAGAGAAGAAAUUGUUUUGGGUAGCAUACCAUUGCCUAGUUAUGUAAUAUCUCCUGUUGGACCUGAAGAUCGCAUAAACCGCAAGUAUUCCUUUAAGGCUGUCCACACAGGGAUGAGGGCAUACAUUUAUAAUAAGAGUUCUGUUAUUGGCUGUCAGGCAGAACAUUCAGGAAUGCGCACAUACUACUUCAGUGCAGAUACCUUAGAGGAUAUGAAUGACUGGAUCCGUGCCAUGAAUCAAGCUACUCUGAUGCAAACACGUUCAUCACUGAAGAGAGAAACAGGAAAAGCGGAUCAGCAAGCUGUUCCCCAAGCUAACCAUGUGGAUUCUCGCAAAGAGCGUGCAAAGGUGGAUACUGCUGAUAUAAAAGAAAGUUAUCAAAAAGCAACUGAAAUCUUUGAAUAUGAUAGGCAUGAAGAGAUAAGAAAAGAAGGAGAAGAUGAGGAACGUUAUGUCUUCAGAAAAGACAUUCUGGAAGCUAAGAGGGGAAAAUCUAAGCAUCUGUUAACAUCAGGGGAAGUUGAUCAGUUUCCAGAUUUAACAAGUGCAUCUCGGCCCCAAGUUGCUCAGCCUCAGCCAAUUGAGAAGAAUGGGACGUUUCCUAGUUCAUUAAACACUAGUGUUGGCCCAGUGGAGCAGAAUGGUACCAGUUUCUAUAAAAGAAAGUUUGUUCCCAGAGCAAAUCCAGAUAAACAGAUGCAAAGGAAAAACAACAUGACUCAAGUGGAGCAGUGGGUAAAAGUCCAAAAAGGAGACACAAAAAGUCUUGCUUCUGAUCAGAUUCUAACUCGUCAGGGUCCCAGUCAGUCUUCGUCUUUUCCUGAAAAUUAUCAUACCUUGCCAAAGAAUACCAGGCUGCCUUCAGAGAGCUCUUCUCCACCAAAUCGCAACUUGCCAAGUGACUACAAAUAUGCCCAGGACCGUGUUAGUCACUUGAAAAUGUCCCAUGAGGAGAGGAAAGCUAAUAAGGAUGGUACUGUAUGGCAGCUAUAUGAGUGGCAACAGAGACAGCAGUUUAAACAUGGCAGUCCAACUGCUCCAGUUUAUGCAGGUUCUCCGGACUUUACUGACCGUGGUAAAGCAAAAAGUUCACUAGAUGUUCCACGAUCAAUUUCUGUUCCUCCAUCUCCUUCCGAUAUUCCUCCACCAGGACCUCCAAAAAUCUUUCCGCCAAGGAGACCGCACACUCCUGCAGAAAGGGUUACUGUUAAACCAUCUGAUGGGAGACAGAGUAUAGACAUACCUUUUGCUGGAUCUCCAAGGAGGAUACAAAAUCAUUCUCUAAAGAAUUCAGCACACGUUGAUAGAUGCUCCAUGCCUACUAUGGGAUAUAUGACCCAUACUGUAAGUGCACCCAGUUUGCAUGGCAAGUCGCCUGAAGAGCUAACAUUGCUUCUCAUUCGAUUAAGGAGACAUCAGGCUAAGUUGGCUAGUAUACGAAAUUACACAAUCGCCCAAUUACUACAGCAUUUGCCAACUAAUUCCAUCUAUCAGGCUGAUGACACCUACAUCCAGCUGAAGAAAGACUUGGAAUAUCUGGAUCUAAAGAAGCGGUCUCCUUUUAUGAUAACAAUAAAAAAUAAUGGACCUCUGAUCAACAUGGUUUACAAAGUGCUAAAGAACUCAGCACAAGGGUUACUGUCCGGUAUAAAUGUAACAGGGCGUGAUGUACUAAAAGAACGAAGUACAAAACCUGUCAAGAUUGCAGAAAGUGAUAUUGAUGUCAAGCUAAGCGUUUUCUGUGAACAGGACGGGAUUCUACAGGACUUGGAAGACAAAAUAAGAUCCCUUAAGGAAAAUAAAGACCAGCUGGAAUCUGUUUUGGAGGUUUUGCAUAGACAGAUGGAACUGUACAAAGACCAACCACCGCAUGCAGAAAAAAUUUCUUCCCAGCAGAGACUUUUGCAAGAGGACCUCAUUCAUAUUCGGGCUGAAAUAUCCAAGGCAUCCACUGAAAUGGAAAAUGCUUGGAAUGAAUAUCUGAAAUUGGAAAAGGAUGUGAACCAGCUGAAGCAAGCCUUACAGGAACAGAUGAACAGAUCAUUCUUUCCUCAGGAGAAAACACAAAUGCAAAAAGAUUUAUGGAGAAUUGAAGAUGUCACAGCUGGCCUAAGUGCAAAUAAAACAAACUACAAAGUCAUAGUAGAUUCUAUAAAAAAUCCAGAAAGAAAAACAGUGCCUUCAUUUUCUCAGCCUAUCGUGCCUUCAUUAUCAACUUCUCUCACAAUUAUGGAGAGCAAACAUUCUACUCAGCGAACUCCUCCAUCCAGUCCUGUUAAGUCCUCUUUAGAGGUUAGACUGUUUCCACAGCCUUAUUCUCAGCCUAGAACACAGUCUCAACCACAACAGCUGAAAAAAGUUGAGCAUCCUCUUCAGGCACCAGUGAAACUAAAGUCAAAAAUUGAAGAUGAAGCACCACCCAGACCUCCUCUCCCUCAGGUCUACAGUCCUGAUGAUCACCCACCAGCUGUUCCACCUCUUCCAAGGGAAGCCAGUGUCAUCAGGCACACAUCAGUGCGAGGCCUGAAACGUCAGUCAGAUGAAAGAAAACGAGAUCGAGAACUGGGACAAUAUGUCAAUGGAGAUUAUAGGGGAGAACUUCGUUCAUAUAUGAGUGAACCUGAAUUAGCUACAAUAAGUGGUGACCUCAGCCAAACUUCACUUGGUUUCAUAGGUUCUGACAGUGGAUACCAAACAUUACCUACCAGAGGAUUAUCUGGAUCAACUUCCAGACUGCACCAGACAUCCACCAGUUCAUCGUAUGCAACAUUUCAAAGAGAUAGCUCCAAGGAGAGACCAAAGAGUGCCUUGGAACGCUUAUACUCUGGAGACCACCAAAGAUGCAAGAUGAGUGCUGAGGAACAACUAGAAAGAAUGAAGCGACAUCAGAAGGCAUUAGUUCGUGAACGCAAGAGAACUCUUAGCCAAGGAGAAAGACAGUCUGUUUCAUCUCGGUCUUUCAUCCGGCCCGUUUCUGCAGACAUAGGCUCAUGGAAACGAGAACAAGAAUUUGAUUUGCAGUUACUUGAGAGAACAAUACGUGGAGAAGAGAAAAAUGAAAAUGACAGGUUAAAAAUUCAGCCUGUACCAGUGACAGAGAUGGACCUGGAACCUCAAGAUUAUAACUUAGAUAUCAGCCGAGAGUUGUCAAAACCUGAAAAGGUGGCAAUUCCAGAACGCUACGUUGACCUGGACCCUGAAGAACCUCUCAGUUCAGAAGAAUUAGCUGCAAGACACCGUAAUGCAGAAAAGAUAAAGAAUAUUCUUACCAGGUCUAGUAAGCACAACCUGCAGCCUGCUGUUGCUCAGGACAAACACAACUCAGUUGAUUUAGAUUCACAGCUGCAGGAGCAGGAACGCAUCAUUACCAUAUCAUACGCUUUGGCUUCUGAAGCCUCUCAGCGGAGCAAGGAAGUAGCAGCUCACCAGUUGACCUACCCAUCUAAAGCACUCUCACCUUCUGUACCACAGCCACCUCACUCCCCAUUAAGCAAUGGAUUUCACUACACAUUUGUCUAAACACCUUAAAACCAAAGCAGUAACUGAACAUUGACAUAAGAUACAACCCAACAACCAUCUGAUGCCAGAGCAUGGAAGAAAGAAUGUCUUCAUUACACCAGCUUCUCUGAAGAUACUCAUCAGCUGAUCUCAUAAUUUUUCAAAAACAAAUUCAGAGAAUAAUAGAGGGAUUUUCUAUGAAAAACAAAUAAAUUCAAAUCAUUUUAGUUUGGCAUUGUUUUAGUUCAGAUUUUUUAUAUAAAUAAAUGGCACUUUUAAGAUACUCUAUAAAAUACUGAUGUAUUUUUAGAAACAGAAUAUAUUUUAGAUUUUUUUAAUCAAGGGCUGAGUUCAUUUUUUUUUUAAAACUGCUUACACAGACUUUACAAAAUGUAAAUCAAAUAAUCUUGGAAGCACAUCAUGGCAUUUGGGUAAAGCUAACUCAAGUGAGAAGCUUACUGAGAAUUUUCUUCUUUUUUGGCAAAAUUGAUCACUCUCGUGCCCUUUAAAUAAGAAAUAGCAAAGGACUCAGCUUGCAUUUCUAAAUGUUAGUAACCAUCAUGUUUGCACACAAUGAACAAAAUUAUGGCACUCAGCUGCUAACUCCUGUACAUUUUUUAAUUCCAUGUAGUUAAUUUUCAAAUAUAAGUACCCAGUGUGUUGGCAUUGACAAUAGCACUGUCCGCAUCAGUAACAAGAAGCUACAAAAAUAUUUUUUUCUUAAAUUAAGAGGACUGGGAAGUAAAAGAUAUUUUAAUUCUACUGUGUGAAGUAAGCAAUAAAAUGUUAAUAGAAUGUGUGAUUUUACUAGUAAAAAUAUAUAUAUAUUUAAUUGUUUUAAUUAAAAAGCAAUAUGUGAUGUAUUGCAUUAUCCUGGAAACAACAGAAAUAAUGUACUGUGGCACUUGCUAAUUUUGUAUGUAAAUUUAACUGGUGCUUAAUUUCGCCAAAACUUUCAAGUCUGAUGUUUUGCUUGGGUAUAGGGUGAAGAGUUGGCCACUUACAUAUGAAGAAAAUGAAUUUAAAUAAAUUGCUGUUGCUUCUUUACUUGAAAAAAGUAUGUGUACACUUUUAGUGUAAGGCAUGCAAAAAUCGCACAAUACUGUGUAAUUUUUGGUUGAGUCGAGUGCUAAGAGAGGAAUGAUUCACAAAUACUGUGCUGUGUUUUGCGAGACUUUUAACUUCUGUUUCUUUGCUGCAUUCAGAUAAUGGGUUUAAAAAGAAACUACAUGGAUUGAGCUUCACAUUUGUUUAAAAUGCAUAAAAUAAAAAUUCAUAAUGUAUUUUUACGAUA